AUGGUGGUCUUGCUGGGCAGCAACGGCCUGUUAGAUCCAAGCCCAAAUACAGUGAGGCUGAACGUGAUAAACGCCACCUGCCAUCCUGGAUUCGACUUCUUGACUCGUGAGAGGAACAUUUGUCUUCUGAAGCUGUCGGCUCCUGUGAAUUUCACAGACUACAUUCAGCCGAUCUGCUUGGCCUCAGAAAACAGCACUUUCAACAAUGAGACCAGCAGCUGGGCCAUCGGCUUUGGUCACAUAGAGAAAUUGAGCGAUAACCUGCAGGAGGCAAAAGUAUCAAUAGUGGGAAACGAUGUGUGCAAAGCCAGAUAUCCAUGGAUCCCAGACAGCAUCAUCUGUACAAGACAGACGAGUUCAUGUUGGGAUAAACUUGGAGCGCCACUCAUGACUCAGAGUAAAUCAGUCUGGCUCCAGAGUGGAAUUUUCAGUGUGCCUGGAUGCAAUGCAUCUCCUUCAGUCUACACUCCUGUGUCCCAGUACCAGAAAUGGAUCAGCGACACAGUUACAGGGACACCACCAGGCUUUGUUACCUUCACCUCCCCACACAGUUCAUUACAAACCACUGCUCCUCCCACAGGUCCUCCUACCACUCCUACUGCCCCUCCCACUUCCCCGACAUGUGUGGGUGUGUUUUGCAGUGGUGAAAACCUGAUCCACUUCACUCACUUCUCCUCUCUGUGUGUUCUCGUUGUGUUGCUCCAUGUGUUUGCUGGAACUGUUGGAAACUAGAUCAACACAUUUACUCAAGUUCAAUACAAACAUGAAUAAGAUGUCUUAACCAGGUAGAAGAGCUUUGCAAUAGCAUAAAAACAUCAUCCUGCCCCUCAGAUGGAGUCCCAACCCAUUUUCUAAAAAAGAUUAUUAAGGUAGUCGGUCCUGAUAUUUUAUAUCAGGACCGACUACCGAAGGAUUGUAUUUGAGCAGCUACAAUCCUUUCUAAACAGUCAUAAUAUUUUUGAGAAGUUCCAGUCGGGCUUCAAAACCCACCACAGCACAGAA